CGGAAACACAAUUUUACUUUCACUUUCAACUGGAGUGUGGCAUUUUGUACAGUGCACCAGUCAUCAUGUUACAAUCAAACUCUGUCAAUAUACGAUGAUUUGCCUGUAACAGCUUGAUAAAGGCUUUCUGCUCUUCAACAUAUAAUGAAGUGUCAAGCACAAAAAUGUGAGUUUAAGGAAAUAGAAUAUGCAGUUUUACACAAGGAUGGCUCUGAAGCUGAGUCAUCAUCUACAGGUCGACACCAUGGCUUAAAGGGGGAUGUUAAAAACAUCAUACUGUUGACAUUACUGUAUGUUCUCCAAGGAGUUCCACUCGGACUGUCUGCCAGUAUUCCACUAAUUCUUCAGACGAAGAAAGUUGGCUAUGAUGUUCAAGCAAGGUUCAGUUUUAUUGAUUGGCCCUUUAGCAUGAAGCUGUUAUGGGCACCAAUUGUGGAUUCGCUAUAUGUUAAAAAAUUUGGUAGACGAAAAACCUGGCUAAUGCCAACUCAGUAUUUGAUCGGCAUCUUCAUGCUUUACCUCUCAACCCGGGUGGAUGGUAUACUGGGGAAGGGGGAAAAUGGUUCGGGAAACAUAGACCUGAUGACGUUAUUUGUGGUAUUCUUCUUCCUCAACUUUCUGGCUGCCACACAGGACAUUUCGCUUGAUGGCUGGGCCAUCAGCAUGCUUGCAAGACACAAUGUUGGCUGGGCCAGUACAUGCAAUUCAGUCGGUCAGACGGCUGGUAUUUUCCUUGGCAAUGUUCUUUUUCUCACACUGGAGUCAGCAGAUUUCUGCAACAAGUACCUCAGAUCUCAGCCUUCUGAACAGGGCAUCAUCACAUUCUCAGGGUUCCUAUAUUUCUGGGGUUUUGUGUUUUUUACGGUGACAACUCUGGUGCUGAUUUUUAAGCCGGAGAGGUUGGAACCAGGAGUGGACCAUGAACAAGGCAUUGUGGAGACGUACAGGCAACUUUACAGGGUUAUGAAGCUUAAACCAGUGAUAACGUACACCAUACAACUGCUUACAGCUAAGGUGGCUUUUGUGGCAGUAGACGCAGUCUCCCAGCUGAAGUUGAUAGACGCUGGAGUUUCGAAGACCACAAUCGCCUUGUACGCCGUACCUCUAGUGCCGAUCCAACUGAUACUCCCAUUUGUAAUAUCAAAACAUUCGGCUGGACCACGACCUCUAAAUGUGUUCUUAAAAGUUUACCUUCCCAAGUUGUCAAUGACAAUAUUCAUGGCAUUCCUCGUGUAUCUGGCUGGUGGGCUGACGACUGAUGGAGGGGAACUGCCAUACUACUUCUACAUUCUCCUUCUCGCUUUUUACAUGAUUAACGAGGUAUUUUGUGUGAGCAUGUUUGUGUCGCGUAUGGCAUUUAAUGCCAAAGUCAGUGACCCAGCAAUAGGUGGUACAUACAUGACCCUGCUGAAUACUCUUGGGAAUCUAGGUUGGAGUUGGCCGUCAACUCUAGGACUCUGGUUGGUCAGUGCUAUCACAUGGAAGUCAUGUGACAGUGGCCAACUUUGUACUACUGCAGCAGAGGAACAGGUUCCGUCUUAUGCCUGCACAGCUGGAGGGGGUAACUGCGUGACCUUAGUGGACGGUUACUACAUUGAGUGUGUGGUGUGCCUUGGCGUUGGUGUUCUGUGGUAUCUAUGGAAACAGAAAGAGACCCGGCAACUUGACAACCUAGAAAUUGAAAACUGGAAGAUUUCAUGAUAUUUGUUGCUACAUGAUAUUUAUGUGCUUUUAUCACCAGUCUUUAAGGUACUCAACAUACAAAUCAACCAUCAAGCCAUUGGUGAUUAUGUUCAAUUUUGAUGCCUGAUGACCCAAUAACAUUAGUACCAUUUGAAUGGGAAUUAAUUGCUUAUUACUUACAACUGGCAAGUGUGGCUUGCUUUUUUCACAACGGCAAAUAUUGUCGUAAGCAAACACUAUAAGCUAUGUUUGAUAAAAAACAUCUAAAGUGCUUUAAAAUUAUUGAAUGGUAAUAUAAAAUCUUCAGUAUAAUAUAAGAAAUAUUUACACACCACUUCAGGCCAUAUGGCAUUAUAAGGACCGGCCACUCAACCCCUGACUGGCUAAUGCCUCGGUCCAUAUACACCUUAGGGGGCUGACUGGCCAGUCCUUAUAAUGUCAUAUGACCCUCAGUGGUGUGUAAUAUUUCUUAAAUAUAUGUUUUUAGUAUCAUUUCUAUUUAAUCUUUCUCUUCUAUCACACCCUUUCAAAUGAUACCGACAUAUUAUGGGGCCACCAGGCAUCUAAGGUUCACAUUAUUGUACAUAGGGUAACAUUGUCUUGUUUGUAACGAGCAGCAGCCAAUUAAGCCAUUAAAACAAAAUUCAUUAUACUUGGCCUUUUUGUCGAUAUGGUUUAUUUAAAGGGACUUGCUUAUGUUUUGGGACAACAAGAAAUUAUUCUCGGUAAUGCAUCUGAAAACAUUUGUUAUACUAGUAAUUAUUUUACUUUUUGAAACCAAAAUUGCAGAAAAAAAUACAUUUAAACAGGGACCUAUGGUUUAUAGGUCUAUGAUUUCAAGUAAAAAAUAAAAAUAAACAAUUAUUCUGGUUGUAGAGGGGAGCGAACUCAUGCAGGUACAGUCAAGAAAAACUUUGAAAACUGAUGCCUUCACCACCCAGCCACAAGGACUUAUACUACAACUGAUGUAUAAUUUUUUUAACCUUUAUCCAAUACAUUGGAAACUUCACGUUAUAGUAUCCAUCAACCAAUCAUGCUACAAUAAUUUGAUUCAAUUGCCUGACCGACGGUAUUCAAAAUUGUGGUCUUCAAAGAUGAUAAUUGAGCAAAUAUGAACAUUAGAUGAGCGGUUCCAGCUGUCGGUAUCUCAGUUUUGACACUCCUUAUGAUUUGCCACACUUUAUUUCGUUGUUUUUCUUUACAAACCAUGAGUGAAUCCCUUUAACUGUUUAGAAAAAGGAUCAGUAAUAGCACAGUAGUGAACAGAUAUUUGUAAUCAGGGUAUGACCCAAUGUUUCAAAUCUGGGACCUGUUGCAUUAAUUUAUAGAAGUUUUGUGUUUGCAAUUGAAAUUACCUUAGUGUCAUAUUUCUGUUAUUUUGCUUUUUUGUGUUCAUUUAAUUUUAGCCAGCUAUUAUAAGCCACAAACCAUAUAUUAGCACAAAGGUCAAGGUCACACUAAAAAGGUCAAAGCAUAGAUUCAUCUCUGUGGUGUAAACACUGUAUGGGCCUGUUUCGUUAAAGUUCUUAAUCGUAAAAAAUAAAACAACUUACUGCCAUAUUUUUACUAUUUUGUUAUAUAUCUUUAAAUAUAAGUAUGAAUUAACUUGAGCCAGUAUCAAAGUUACAUUGCAACAAAUUUAAGAUUGUUUCAAACAAACAAGAUUUUUUAAUGAAAUGGGCUAUAUGAGAUUUUCAAAUAUAUUUCUUGAGAUUGUCUUAGAUUAGCUGCAUAUACAAUUCAUUGGUCAGUACAUCUGAAAAAAAUGUUUUUCAUCCUUUAUUAGAUGCCUUGUAAUGAAGAUUAAUUGCCAGAUACAAUACACAUGUAUUAGCAAGGCCCAUAACUCUGACUUUAAUUAUUUUCAAGUUAUGUCUCUUGUUUGACUGGGAAAAACACAGUGCUCUUGUUAAAGUUUCUCAAAUUCUUAUUUACUAAAUUGACCUCCACCAGGAAUUGGUCCUUUCUUAGUCAUUUCUUUAACACACAUGACAUUAAAGUGUUGUUAAUAAUGUAAUGCAUGCUCAAACUUUUUUUAAUUAUUGUAUAGAUUUAUGAACAAUUAUAUGUUCACAUAAUUAUAGAAACAUGUACAUGCUGUUGACAAAUGCAGCUGUAUAACAGUCUGACAGAGAGAAGAUAAAAUACGUUAUUUGACAAUUGCUGUUUGAUUUUAUUAUUAUUGUUAUAAUUAUAAGUUUUAUUAUUAUCAUCAUUAUUAUUAUCAUUAUUAUUAUCAUUAUUAUUAUUAUCAUUAUAAUUUAUUAUUAAUAUUAUUUUUAUUUAUGAUGAGUUUUUUUCUUCAGUUUUAUUUUUUUCUUGAUCACUUCUACUCACAUUUAUACCGGUUUUCACAAAUUCUUUGACAUAAUACAGAAUAUUGAUCAACAUUUUUAAAUGUAUGUAUUAAAACAUUAUAUUUUUAUCCACAAAGCCUGAUUAUUUUAGUUCAGUGCAAUGUUAACUUUGUUCAUGUACAUUGCUAUAAGCUCCUCUGUUUUUUGAAAAAGAAAAGACGUGAAAUCAUCAAAGCCUUGGUGUCAUUGUUGGCAUACGCAGCAUAAUUGUGCAAAAACUUCAAUUAGCCAUAAUUUAACACUGUUCAAGAUAUUCAAAUAAAGCUUGGUACACUUGUUGUCAGUGACAACACACACAUGUUAAACAAGGCCCAUAACUCUGUUUUUUAUAAAUGUCAAGUUAUGUCCCUUGUUUGACUGAAAAACAACAACAGACAAAUGUUGGUGUUGGUUCCUUGUUAGUGUCUACAAAUGUUUUCGAUGUUAUGUAACUUAAAGUGCUGGUAUGUAAUAUUUAAUAUAGUGCUGGCAUGUCAUAUUUGUUAUAGUGCUGGCAUGUCAUAUUUGUUACAGUGCUGGUAUGUCAUAUUUUGUUAUUUUGUAUCUCUCUCAGAAUUUAAGAAAAUAAAAGUCCUUUAAAAUUG